GCGGCUCCUAAAAUAAACAGAAGCCCCCCCCCCCCCACCCCUUAUGUCAGGGCAGACUGCAGCACAGACAGAAUCACACAUGAUGUCUGUCGGCUGAAGGAAACGCUGGAUUAACAAAGAGAAGCUACAGACAGCUCCAGCAUGGCGGCCUACUUUGAAGAUUAUUCUCUCUACAGUAAUCUGAGUGAUGAAGAGCUGCUGCAACUCGCCAUCGAGCGCAGUCUGACGGAAAGCCCACCUGUAAACCACAGCUCCCACAAUCCACCUGUAAACCACAGCUCCCACAAUCCACCUGUAAACCACAGCUCCCACAAUCCACCUGUAAACCACAGCUCCCACAAUCCACCUGUAAGCUACAGCUCCCACAAUCCUCCAAGUGAAGAGGCUCCUGACCCGAAGACAUUUGAUGGGACCGUCAGUCGCUUCAUGACGGGAGCUGGGAAGAGCAUGGUGGCGUAUCGCCGACCUGAUGGCAGACUGGUCCACAUCGCUCCUGAACCUGUGGAGGAGGAGGAGCCUCUAUUCAAAGCGGUCCGUGUCGGGGAUGUUAGCAGAGUGAAAGCGUUGACGAAGGUCCAGGAAACAAACCUGAUGCUUCCAAGUAAACCGGGCUGGCUCGCCAUUCACCAGGCGGCGUGGUACGGGCAGGACAACUGUCUGAGGGUCCUGCUGUCAGCUCAGCCGGGGAUGAUCAACAAGCGGACCGAGUGCGGGGAGACAGCGUUGAUGGUCGCUGUCAGCAAAGAUCAGCUGCCAUGCGUUCAGGUGCUCCUGGAAAAGGGAUGUGAUACCAACACACCGAACUAUGACAAAGAGACUCCACUCUACAAAGCCUGUGAGAGGAGCAGUGCUGCGAUAGUGGCGGCCUUGUUGAAUCAUGGUGCGGUGGUCAACACUCCCUGCAUUUGGAGUUUCACUGCCCUACAUGAAGCUGCCAGUCGGAACAACGCAGAGAUCUGUGAGAUGCUGCUGAAGGCUGGAGCCAAACACACUCUGCUCAAUAUGUACGGCAUCACGCCGCUGUUUACCGCAGCUCAGAGCGGGCAGCUCGCUAGCCUGUGCCUCCUCCUCAAACACGGUGCAGACAUUAACAGCCAGGCUGCUGAUGGAGCCACCGCUCUGUAUGAAGCAGCUAAAAAUGGACAUGACCACAUCGUGGAAUUCCUCCUUUCUCAGAAUGCUGAUGCAAACAAACCAGGAAAAAGUGGGUUUUUACCGCUUCAUGUGGCCGCUCAGAGAGGAAGCUACAGCAUCAUCUCCAUGUUGAUCUCGGUCACCAGUAAGACCAGAGUCCGCCGGGCCGGCAUCAGCCCGCUGCACCUGGCUGCUGAGCUUAACCGUGACAACGUCUUGGAGGCUCUGAUCAAGGCGGGUUUUGAUGUCAACGCUCAGCUGUCUGAAGAACGACUGCGGCUUUACCAGGACCGCCGCAGCACACCGCUCUACUUCUCUGUCAUUAACAACAACAUCCAUGCAGCAGGCAUGCUGCUGGCGGCUGGCGCAGACCCGAACCUGGACAUGCUCAAGCCACUCAUGGUAGCGGCAAGGCAUAACAGCCUCCAGACUGUCACGCUGCUGGUGGAGCACGGGGCAGAUGUCAACGCCUCUAUCCCCACACACCUCACCACUUUCCCUGCUGUUUACAUGUUCUCCAUGAAGAACCUGCCCAUGUUUAAGUACCUGCUUGACCACGGAGGCCAUGCCCUUUCCUGCUUCAACUGUGUCUACGGAAACCGACCACAUCCACCAAUAAAAACCACGCGAUCAGAGAGGGACUCCAACAGGUUCUCCGAACUGCAGGGAGGCGUUCAGGUGACCAAAUUCUGUGAGAUGAUCUCGGCUCCUAGUAUCUCUCGGUGGGCUGGGCCGAUCAUUGACGUCCUGUUGGACUAUGUUGGUCAUGUGACCCUCUGUUCCAGACUGAUGGAACAUCUGGAUAGUUACUCUGAAUGGAGCGUCAUCAAGGAAAAAGCUGCAUUGCCGCGGCCACUGCUGCAGCUCUGCAGGCUGCAGGUCCAGAGGCUGGUAGGAUGUCGCCGGUUGAAGAAGUUGCCCCUCCCUGGAGGUCUGAUCCGCUUCCUGCAGCACCAGGAGGGGUCUGUGGACGUUUGCUGAAAGAAGUGAUUCUUCACUGUUUUCCAUGUCACUGAUGGGAGUCUAUCACUCAGUAUUGAUGUCUUAGGUUGCAGACUUUUAAAAGACUGAACAUGAACAAUUAAAAUGUCUUGCCUGUUAGUAGUCUCAGUCUAUACUAGCAGAACCAGGAGCUGAUCCCAGGUCAGCCUGAACCAGAACUCACUAUAAGCUCUAUCACACAGGAGGGUCUAUAGCAGCAGAACCAGGUGCUGAUCCCAGGUCAGCUUAUGUAGCUAGCUAAUGUAGCUGCAGGAUUUGUGCUACUCCCAGUUUGUUUCUACAUAAUGAUUGCACACAUUGUAAGUCUGGGUCCGAGCCUCCGCUAGAUAGGAGGUGAUGAAGGCUAAACAUGAUUCAUUUCUGUAAAAGCGUUCUUCAAAUAUUUUGAAAUAAAU